CGUUGAUCAGGUCAGAUUACGUAAAUAUUUAUGAUGGCCUUUAUUUACACUUCCGUGUCGGCGAUUUUCCUUCAUUGUCAUGAAGUAAAAGGUGAGGAGAACUUGAUAAAUUCAUGAGGGUCUUACUUCUCGCAUCGCUAACGUCAGAGACCGGGAAUUUCUCAACCGCCGAACGAAUACAGUAAGUGUGCUCACAUUAUUGUGAUUUUUGUGUGUUAAAAAAUAUUUUACAUUGGCUUAACGUAAAUACUCCAGAUUAGUAGGAUCAGUGGGGAUUUUACCACAGAUUUUUACUCUCGAACCUGUAAAUCAAUAUUCUCUGCUAAGUUAAGAAUCAUAUUAGAUUUACGAGAAUUGUAAGAGUGAUACUAAUCGAUCAAACGAUUGAUCGACUUUUCCAUAUUUGAUUGGCUUACAAGUUAACCGAUAAAUAGGUAAGCAGUUCAUUUGAUACAAUUAAACUUUCUGAUUGUUAAAACAUGCAUUAUUUAUAACCUAUUGAAGUAAGAAAAACAACAAGUUAUAAUCGCUAUAAUCGCUCCCAAAUGCAUUGCAAACACUUUUAGGCUAUCCAGAGUACUAUUAGACUUCUAGAAAUGUAUUCUGAGAUGGACUUUAAAAUUUGUAUUUGCUCGAUCAUCCUGGGGGAACUUGAGGCUUUUCGAAAUUACAAGGGCUUCAGUAUUAUUUUCCUGUGAACAUUUUUUGGGUUCUUCUGUCCAUCACAUCUUUAAAUCCAAAACUUUUAGGUUUCCUUUUUCCUACAAAAGUAGCCUAACCUGGCCAUGGGGCUAUCCAGAGUACUAUUAGACCCCUAGAAAUGCAUUCUAAGAUGGAAUUUAAAAUUUGUAUCUGUUUGGUCAUCCCAGGGGAACUUGAGGCUUUUUGAAAUUACAAGGGCUUCAGUAUUAUUUUCCAGUGAAAAUUUAUUUCAUUCCUCUCUCCAUCACAUCUUUAAAUCCAAAACUUUUAGGUUUCCUUUUUCCUACAAAAAUAGCCUACCUGGGAUGUUAAACCUGAAAAAUACAACCUAUAUAACCCAUUAUUAUAUGGCAGUAUCCUUCACCCCCCCCCACCCGAGUACUACACACACAGACUGCAUGUCACUAACCUUUACACUCUGUUUAGCAGCACAUAUGGCCAAAUAAGGGAGUGUGAACUGAUCUUAAGAAUGUGUUAUUUUUUUAGGAAAUGCCUUGGUGAUUGCAACAUUGAAUGCUGGUUACAAUGUAUUAGCUCCUUCAGUGAUUGUGUGUCAGUGACGAAGUUUGUUCAUGCUCAUGCUUUUCGAUGUGUCAUUGGCAUACAUGCAUGGAGAGCUGGAAGACUUUUGCUAGGUUUAAGAAAGUUUAAGUUGAUUUACAUCUUCCUAACUAUAAAGGGAAUUGGUACAAGCUUUUGGUUCAACAAUAUCUGGGGUUGUUUGGGUAGACCAGAAUUGGUUAUGAUUGGUUGAUACUUGUCUUGAUUGGUUGAGUCUUGCCUUGAAUACCAUCGACCAAUCAUAACUUAGGGCACUUUCCAUUUGUCAGAACUGACCGGCCAGACCAUGCAUUCCCAUCGCAAUGAUAAUUUCCCUUUUAUAUCCAGCCAGAUCAGUCAAAUCCUAAAUGGUAUCCAUGAAGCAGAUGAUCUUAGUUUUUAGCAAACACUCUUGGAAAAAGCCUAUUUCAUUUUCAAACUGACUGGUCCAGCCAUGGUCCGGCCGGCUAGUUCUGACAAAUGGAAAGUGCCCUAACAUUUGUCCAUUGAACAAUUUCAGAACUCACUGCAUCCAACAUGACCCAACAGCCUGGACUCAUUCUUCUUAGAAAUUCUAAAGUGGAGAAUUUACAGCAACUUUGUAAUGAGUUAUGUUUUAUAUCUGUUUCAAACUGUAAAAGGGUUCAGUGAAUCUAUAGUUACUGAAGUGAAAAACCCUGGCUUAAAAAACGUUCACAUAACACUGGAUGAAUUUUUGACCGGCUGAAAAAUAAUUGAUUGGACACUUUGUUCAAUAUAUUUGCUCUGUUCACAUGGAAAUUUUAAUGGCUAAGUGUCUGAAUUUUGGUAAGCCAUAACAGAUCAGUGAUGAUCUUUAUUUUUCUUCUACUUAUCCAUUGUUUUCACCUAGAUUGUCCAGUUCCUUUUGCUAUUAUUUUUGGAGGAACUGAUCUCAAUGAGCAUAAAAAGGACAAAGAAAAGUUUGAAGCUAUGAGCAAAGUGGUGGUAAAAGCAAGGUACAUAUUUAUAUUCACAGCUAGUUAACUCCCUCUUAACCCUUUAAGCCCUAAGACUGAUCAGCAUCAAAUUUCUCCUUGUAAUAUCAAUGCAUUGUAAAACCGACUGGUCAUGAGAAUUACAGACAUGAUCACACAAAUGAAUUUGCUUGAUAUUUUAUCAACUUCUCCCCACUACUUCUGUAGGAAGUGAAUAGGGGCAACAAAUGAGAAUUCAAAUUUUGAUCUUAGGGUUUAAAGGGUUAACCAACAUCUUUAUAGAUGAACACCAAGAGUUGGUCCCUGCCUUUUUUUCACUCCUUUUAGCAGACUCUCUAUAAGAAGGACAGAUUAUUAUACGUUUAUGGGAAAGUGCCCACCAUUACCCCUCCCCCAAGCCAACAUUAACACUUACUUCUCACUUAGGGCAAAAUGUUUGUGUAGGGGAGGGGAAGGUAGGCAUUUUCCCAGAAACGUAUAAAGAUCCAGAAGGACAUCUCUCUUAGGCUACCCUUACCCUAAUAUUGGGUUACCUGUGUGGGGGUUUCUACUGCGUAAUGUGACUGUUGUUUUUCCUUAUUUUCAGUUAUCUUGUUGCAUUCAGCAAUCCAAUGAAAAAGCAGGCAACAGCUUUAUGGGUAAGAGUUUUUGUGGUCGACGAACUACUCCCUACUUUUGUUUCCUGUUAUGUGUCCUGGGAACACUAGCAUGACCAUUUUCUCUGUCUCAGCAUUUAACUCAUUUUAACUCAUUCUGUAAUAAUUGUUUUUCACAUUUUAACCAUGUGAGAUCACACCAUUCUCCAUUACAUGUACCUCAAAACCAUGUGAUCUCACACAAAAAUUUAACCCCUUCUUAUUAAUAAUUUUUGAUUACUACUAGUUUAUUUUGAGAAGAUUGUUGGUAAAAUAUACUUUACAAUGGGGAUAUUUUAAAUUUAUGCUUAAGCUGUUUGUGGUGAUAACAUCACUAUAAAGUCACCCUCAUAACUUGGCUUUCUCCAGUUAAUUUUUAUUGUCAGUGGUAAUAGAGCUGUGAACAAUACUGUAGUGUUGGCAGUAUGGCUUGUGUGCUUUUUGGAUUAUGAUAGCAAUGUGCGGUAGCUGAAGGGUCGAGUUUGGUCAAUGAGGUGUUUGUUUAUCAGGGAGUUUGACUGUCUGUACUGAAAAAAGCUGAUUUUGAUCUUGUUUUAUAGCCAAGAAGUGAAGAGAAAUUUAUUUUGCAGCCUCAAGGUAAAACAUCAAUAAUAUUAACUAACCACUUAUUUAAUAUAGGUAGCCAUAAAUUAAUGUGGGACACUAUAGCCAGAUUUUGUGGUUACAGUGUCAUGAUCAUGACCUUCCAAUCAUGCAGUUGUACAUGUGAACAUUACAUUUAGAACUGCUGAAACUCAGUCAUUUAUUAUAAAUUAGUGACGAGAUAUUUUGGUAAAAAAAUGAUUGACAAAAUUUAUUCUUUAUUGUAGAAUCUACAGGUUGAUGCAUUUUAUUAUUACUUUCAGCUGUUUGUGUUGGACCAUCAAAUUUCCAGUUACAUGAUCACUUGAAGCACCUCAUCAGUAAGAAAAUCAUGUAAAUCUUUUGUCCCCAGAAAUAAAGUCCUGUCCUUUAAUAGUAUGAUACAAUCCUUGCCCCACCCACCUCCCUUUAUCACAAUGGCUAUUGGUAUCAAUUUAUUGAUAAACUAUUUUGGCAUGGCUCUUAGGCCCAACAGAUGAUGUGAAUGUGAGCCCCACACACUUAUGGGGCUUUUGAUGCAAAAAAAAAACCAAGACCUUCUUGCUGUACAAGACCUUUUAGUGUACAAGUGCACACACUCCUGGCCAUCGGAAAAAUACAACUUACAAUCUGCUUUUGCUUCCUCCAGCUAGUACAUCAACAAAAUGCCAUUUUUCAGUCAUUUCGCUCUAUUGAUAAAGAUGGAGGGUUGAUGCCAGUCAUUAUAGUUUCUUUCUUAGAGAGAGUCCAUUGUAGUGUGAUUGUUGAUUGAGGCUGUUUCGACAGAUUGUAUUGAUCUACCUGUUCAUUCUCAGUAGUCAUAUUGUUAUAGUGACAUAUACAUAUGGAGUGAUUUUACUUAACCCGUGUAAUAGGUAGUAGAAUACUACACACUAUAAUGCACUAAUUCCAUUGUCUUCUUCUGUUUACGGUCUAGUAGCUAUUUUGCAGUAAUUGUUAGUAUCUGUUUCACAGGUCAAGUAAAAUCACUCUAAGUCAUCUUUGAAACUCUAUAUUAUAAAUAAUAUAUUUUUGUCUUUGCAGAGCCACUCAGUCAUUCUCCAGUCAUAAAUGGCAUGUACAUGUGUCAAGAUCCUGAAUAUUUUGACUUGGUAGGUUCUCCUUAAACUAUUUUUGAGUGAUUCAAGGAUCACAUUUCAAAAGCUCCACACUUGCAACCACUUAGGUGGUUCGUCCCAGUUAUUUAAUACUCAUUUAUUCAUUUUUUCAGAUUGUGUUUAUGUUGGUUGCUGGUUUAAGACGAGUUAAAGAUCCGCUUUACUUAGCUGCAUCCAUAGCAGGUCUGUAAGUUUGUAAUAACCAGUGUAGUCUGUAUGGAAGCUGCAUAAGCACAUAACUUUGUAGAAGUUUGAUACCUUAAACAAGCUGGUAUGGACUACAGUAACCCUGGCAUGUCUUUUUUGACCACAGCAAGAUUGACUCAGUCGUAAAAUGCCUUACUGAAGAGCAGGAGGUCACAGGUUCAAUUCUCAGGGCUGGGCCAAUUGCAAUACUCAGGGUCUUCAGUGUAAUGACAAAUGAAGGUACUGCCUUUGCCCUGCAAAUGGCUUGAGCUUCACGUGGCUUGGAUGACCACUUGAAAUGCCGGUCAAGUCUCCAGUAAGAGACAUAAAAAUACCGCUUUUGUCCUCAUUAAUUAGUGUUUUAGUGCUAUAUACAUUGACGAUCAAUUAAAAUGAUUUUUUUUUUACUUAGUACAGUAACAGUCAUCAUGACAUGUAAGUGUUGACCGGUCAGCUUAAUUAUUGUAUUUCUUGUUACCUUUAGAGUGGCAUAAAGAAGACCGUCGCAUUCACUUGGUGAUUGUUGGACCAGAGGUAACUAGCAUGAUAAUUCUUGAGACAAUUAAUUAAAAUUGUAGAAAAUCUUUCUGUGUAUGUUAUUUUUACAUUAGUAUGCGAACAAGAAGUGAUUUUGAAAAGCAUUUAACUAUAAAAAAUUGCGAUAAAACAUUUCUUAAAAUCAUUUUAAGAUUAAAAAAUUGCUAAAAAACGACGACGUUUCGACGUUAGCUGAACGCCAUUAUCAAGUCAAAAUAAGUUAGUGAUUUUUAGUCUAUAAAUACUAAAAAACAACAAUAGCUGAUUAAAAAAAAUUGUAACGUGAGAAAAUAUUAAUCUAAAUUCUCAUUUUUGCCUUUUUCGUAGCUGGAUACUGAGUUUGCGAGAGAAGUGAAAUCUGAACUCCGAAGGUAUUAAACGACUUCUAUUACCGUUCAGAUGUCUUUUGUGUUGUAAAAAAGACAGCCAUAUAAAGAACGUAGUCUGAUCAGAGUGCCUAACCCUAGCUGAAAAACAGUGUUAACAUCUGCUUCAGAAAAAUUAACUCCGAAUAAAAGAGAACCGUACGAAAGUUUGUGUGUUAUUUUGAACAUUCUUCCGGAAUAAAACGAGUCAAAAGCACUCUUUAGUAGUCACAAAGUAUCUGUCAUGGCCUUACAAAGAUUAGGAGUUGCGUCAGUGUAAAAUAAAAGCCCCCAGAGUUUUACAUCAGCUUGGCACAAACAUAGAUGUACUAUACCAAAGAAUGUUUCAAAGAAACAGGCAGGUUCGAAUGCAUCCGAAAUGCGGUUUAAUAGUGUGAUAAUUUGCUUACGGGCAGUGGUCGUUUACGAGAGUUGGACCACAGGGGUCCCUAUUAGGACCUAUUGUUCUAUUAUUUCGUUUUACCUCAAAUGGAUGCUUUGAAAUAGUGUCUUUGCUGAUGUGUUCUAUUGGAUUAAUAUCCUGGUCACCAGUACGUUUUUCACCUCAAUGAUAAACUGUUUCCUCUUUUUGAAAUUUGCUGCAAAUAUAUCAUUACCAGGUACCCAGGAGUCGUUCUCAUGCCUUCUGUGCCAGCUUGUGAUCUUCACGCGGCCAUUCAAGAUUGUUUUGCUGUUGUAAAUAGCUCAAGCAGUGAGGGAAUGGCAUCGGCGAUUCUAGAGGUCAGUUGAGUGUUACGUCAAACGGCAAGAUAGGAACAUAAUUUUCAGAAAGUUUGAGUGAGUUUUGGCUGGCGUUCAAAAAGGUUGCGAGGUUCCCAAAGGGUGGGGAACGGUAAUUGCCUAUAUACGAGAAGGCCCCGCCAAAAAAGAGUAGGGAAACCUGUCAUUUCGAUGUCUAAAAGGGCUAAAAAAAGGGCUGACAGACGUAUUGUGUGGAUGUAAAUUUUCCUGGUUUAUUCGUAUGAAAAAAAACCCGUUCACUUACGAUGGCUGAAAGGAAUGCAGGGUUCUAAACUAGGUAUGUGAAAGAGGCACUGUUUAUCAGAAGAAGGUAUACGAAAGGGGUACCUUCUCUGUCAGAAAUGGUUUAUAAAAGGAUAAGGGGAUGGACCUCCGGGUGGAAGGCGGGGGGGUGCGGUGUUGGGGGUUUGGUUGGUGGAGGUGCACACACUGAAGUUUCAAAGAAUAAAAAUAGCCGCGUGCUUUUUUCUGUAUAACGUUUGAAUGUUUAGCUCCACUUUUAGUAAUUACAUUUGAAUUUGUCUGGAACUUCUACGGAGUCUCGUUAUAAUUUUAUUUUGAUUUUAUGAAAAGAUUUUACAAAAACUACCUCUGGUUUUCACGCUUUGCUUUUGCCAACAGUCAAUGAACCUUGGUGUUCCUGUGCUGGCACGGAACAUUCCAGGAAAUUCUGCGGUGAUUCAACACGGGGAAUCCGGACUUCUGUUUGAUACACCUCAGGUAAGACAUGUUACUCAAACGAACUGCAUCUGUUGCGAUCGAUAUUAAGUAACCUCGGGGUUCCUUUUUUUAGGUUUUUUUAAGGCCCAUUUUAGGCCCAGGGUGGGGUUUCGUAAGUUGAGGUAUUUGGAAAAGCAGGGAAAACUAUUAUUUAGGUGUUAAAAAGGAACUUUUACUAAAAUAUUUGAAGUCGACGUAGACUGCGAGCAGUCUCUCUUUUUCUUCAGAUUUAGUGAGGGGAGUGCACGCGCGCGCGAGCGUUGAGCAGCAAAGCCGCGAGACGCGAGAAACGAGGGCGGCAGCCCGAGAAGAAAAAAGUCGCGCCUCUCCCGUCUCGCGCCUUCAGACACUCGCGUGGUCAUUUGCGUGUCUCGGGCGUUUUGCCCGACAGACCAAGAAAAAAGAGAGACUGCUCGUAGUCUCAAGUCGACGCACCUUUUUGGUGUAUCAGUUUAACUUAUUAAACGCUACAUAAAGUGACAAGAAUACUUACUUUUAUUAAGUUUGUGAAAUGGGCACCAUUAUUGAAUGGAAGGUAUUUGAAAUUGAUGCCAUUUCGGCCGAAAAUCAAAUGGUAAAUGUGUAUAUUAACUAGUACGGGGUUAAAUCUCGUUGUGAAGCCUUCCGCCGGGGUAAGUUCUGACCCAAUCCCCUACCUUUAAGACUUUUUAUGAUCGCUAAACUUCCUCAGUGGAUGCGGCCUCUAAAAUAAGUUUUCCUCGCUUUUCGUUCUAACUACAAAGCAUCUGCUUAGUUAUUCACGCUACAGUUAAAAUACCAAACGUCAACUGGGUCUAUUACUAACCGUAUAAUAAUUCAGUGUAGUGCUUUUACCAUGCCCAACGGUAGACAGUGGCGUAUCCGGAGAGGAGCCCGGGGGGCCCGGUCCCCCCUUUAUUUUUAGACCAAAAUGAGGUCCAAAGGGCCAAAAAAAAUCUUUUUGAGACCGGGCCCCCCUUAUCUCAGUGUCUGGACGACCGCCGCCCCACUUAUCUCAGGGUAUAGAUGACUCCUCCUCCCCACCCCCUUAUCUGAAGGUCUGGCUGGAUCCGCCACUGCAACUGUAGGUUAAUGAUCACCCCAAAGUAUAUCAGUUUGGAACGACUUGUCAGAACCAAGGAUAUUCUUUGGAGAUCUGUACGUCGAAAUCUCUCUAUCUGUCCUUAUCUGUGCCGAGCACUGGACACUUAAGUUAUCAUAGUUAUGGUUGGUCAAUAUAAUUUGCGUUUUUGUUUUAUAGGAAUUUGUUAGUCUCUCCAAAGAGCUGCUUAAGACUCCGUCACUCCGUACUCGUCUCAUAAACAAUGCGAAAACGUACGUCUCCGAGCAUCACUCAAUCGAAAACGAAAGGAAUACAUACGAGUCGCUUGUGGAGAAACUUGCUUCACUUGAACACGGAAAGAGAACAAUAAGCUUAGAGAAUUCAGAUGAAAGAUAACAAUAAGGGGUUAUGAAAAUAAUGGCUUGAAAAAACAGGCGACCAGGAGUCGACAUUUCGCGACGCUACGAGGAAUGACGUCUGAGGACCGAGCGUAGAAAUUCCGUACUGAUGACUUGUAACUACCGAGAUCUGGGUAGUGCUUCUGACUGGUUGAGAAUUUGCUUUAACCAAUCAGAAGCAAAACCCAAAUCUGGGAAGUGACACGUCAUUAGUAUUGAAUUUUUGCGCUCGUUCCUCAGAUCAGUCAGGUGUCAUUUUGUGGGGAAAGCAAUCGUAGCGUCGCAAAAUGUCGGCUGUUUUCUCAGGCUAUUAAUAUAAAAGUGUGAUAUGGUUAAUAAUUUGUGAGAACGCAUCCUCUGUUUACACUAGGCGUUUCCUAAAGUACAUUAUAUUUGUAUUUUCGAUACUAAUAUAUUGGGCCAAGUUUGGGUUACUUUCGAUUGCAAGCUAGUUCCAAUUUGCUGCCGAGAAUAGCAAUAUUUUAUAUAUGCUCUAUUUAACCACAGAAAUAUGACUGACGAAAGUGUAAUAGAAAUUAUCUUAGAAACUUUUUUGCAAAAAAUGUAACGAGAACCGUUGAGGAAUAUUAUUUUUGGACCGAGUGUUUUCAUGCAUUUAGAAACAAAUUAAUGGCUGAAAAGAUUUAUUUAUCUACCAUGGGCGUCCCUCAAAGGAGAAAAGACUAACUAUCAAAUCGCCAUUUAAAAGAAAUUCAUGCUUUUUUUAAAUUUUUGUUUUCAUCUUUGCUGCAGCCAAAUCUCUUUAAGCCAGUAAACUGCGAGACCAUUUUUAUCUGUCCGCUUUUAGAAUUUUCACCUGAAAACUCAAUUAUACUUACAGAGAGACGAGAGUCGCUUAGCAGUAGUAUUCGUGCUUCUGACUGGAGAGAAUAGGCCAUUUGCACGACGGCGUCAUUCUAAUACUACGACUACUAUCACUACCACCGACCACGACCACCACCACUACCACUUCUACCACCAGAAUCCUUCAGGGUUUUGUUUUCUUGUGCAAAUGAGGACUUUUGUUAUUUAAACC